AUGCUGAGUGCCCUGGAAAGCAUCCUCCUUUCUGUUGCCACUAGUGAAGCUAUGCUGGGAGUUUUAGGGAACACAUUUAUUGUACUUGUAAACUACACAGACUGGGUCAGGAAUAAGAAACUCUCUAAGAUUAACUUUAUUCUCACUGGCUUGNNAAUUUCCAGGAUUUUUACCAUAUGGANAAUAACUUUAGAUGCAUAUACAAAGGUUUUCUUUCUCACCAUGCUUAUGCCUAUCAGUCNACAUGAAUGCAUGAANUACAUAUGGGUAAUUAUUAACCAUCUGAGCACCUGGUUUGGCACCAGCCUCGGCAUCUUUUAUUUUCUGAAGAUAGCAAAUUUUUCCCACUACACAUUUCUCUGGAUGAAGAGAAGAGCUGAUAAAGUUUUUGUCUUUCUAAUUUUUCUUAUAGACAGUAAACUUCUCUUUAUUUUUGGCUUCACUUUGUCAGCCAUGUAUCCCUGUUGUCAUUCCUUUAUCCUAAUUCUAACAAGCANGGAGAUGAAGCAAGCCACUAUGAGGGCACUGCAAAGAUUUAAAUGCUGUGAGACUUAA